UGUUGCUUGCAGCAGUGCGCGCGAGUGAGACGCCACCAAAAACUAACUGCUUAUUCCAUUUGUUAUUUUAUUUUGUCAGUAAAUUAAAUAAACAGAACUAUCGAUUCAUGGUUCUGAUGUAGUAGGAUGUUCAGAUUGUGUGCGCGUAUUUUAAUGUCCAAGUGUUGUUCUACGGCUAUUUGGAUUUAAUUUAUCAAUUCAAGAUCAGUACGAGGUGUUGUUCCCACUUUAAAGGAUUUUUAUUUUUAGUACAAUCAAACUAAGGUUAUGUCAUUCAUUAAUUUAUUAUUAGCAAAGUGAUCCAAGAAUCAUGUCUGGUUUGACCACCACAGCUCCAUCCUCAGCAGAUGCUUGUCUCAGCAUAGUUCACAGUCUUAUGUGCCACAGACAAGGUGGAGAAAGUGAAGGGUUUGCCAAGAGAGCUAUCGAGUCUCUUGUUAAAAAACUUAAAGAGAAACGGGAAGAACUUGAUUCUCUAAUCACCGCUAUUACUACUAGUGGUGCCCACCACAAGUGUGUAACUAUUCAGAGGACUCUUGAUGGACGGCUGCAAGUUGCUGGAAGAAAAGGUUUUCCACACGUCAUUUAUGCAAGAAUCUGGCGAUGGCCGGAUCUGCAUAAAAAUGAGCUAAAGCAUGUCAAGUACUGCCAGUUUGCAUUUGACUUAAAAUGUGACUCAGUUUGUGUUAAUCCCUACCAUUAUGAGAGAGUUGUAUCGCCUGGCAUUGAUUUAUCAGGACUAACCUUGCAGGCAGGAACCCCUAGAAUGAAAGAUGAAUAUAGUGCAGGUACUGUCCCUGGCACAUCUAUGGAUGUAGAUACUGAUUUGGGUAUGAGUGUAUCCCAAACAAUACAGCAUCACCCUGGACAACAAAAUUUUACUUUAGGGUCACUUCAGUCACCGACAAGUGAUCCAGGAAUGUAUAGUCCCUCAAAUAGAGGGAUUUUGGGUCCGACGAUACCAAAAAUUGAGGCAGGUCCAGACCCUAACAGGCCCAAUUGGUUUGCCACAUAUGCAUAUGCCUCGUCAUGGACCACAGACUCAGGUCAGUGCUCAGUCAUUAAUAACCAGCAACCGGCAAGUAGUCCUGGACAGUUUUAUAGUAAUGCUACCAGCACUGCAACACCUGACAGGUCUCAAGAAACUAUUACACAAACAAUAGGAAAUAACUCGCCCGUCUCUCCACACCUUCAGCAAAAUGGGUUUAAUGGAACAAGCAAUGCUGCAUCAGUAUCUACUAGUGCAGCCACUGCAUCUCAGGCUGCUGUUGUGGCUACUACUCUCUCUCAAACGUAUACUGGGACAGGAGGCACAUGGACGGGUUCUAAUACCCUUACUUACACUCAAAGUAUGCAGCCUCCUGAUUCUAGAAAUCAUCAUAAUUCAUACUGGAAUCACAAUUCAUCAAAUCAAAUUGGUUCUGAUGCUAACAUUGGCCUACUCUCCACCCAACCAGCGCCAGAAUACUGGUGCUCGGUGGCGUAUUUUGAACUGGACACCCAAGUGGGUGAGACUUUUAAAGUUCCUUCAAACUGUCCCAAUGUUACCAUAGACGGUUAUGUUGAUCCCUCUGGAGGAAACAGGUUCUGUUUGGGAGCACUUAGUAACGUCCACCGAACUGAUCAGAGUGAACGAGCAAGGUUACAUAUAGGAAAAGGUGUUCAGUUAGACCUAAGAGGUGAAGGUGAUGUUUGGUUACGUUGCUUGAGUGACCACUCUGUCUUUGUACAGAGCUAUUACUUAGAUAGAGAAGCUGGCAGGCAGCCAGGGGAUGCCGUUCAUAAAAUCUAUCCUUCUGCUUAUAUAAAAGUUUUUGAUCUAAGACAGUGCCAUCACCAAAUGACGACGCAAGCCCAAACGGCUCAAGCAGCUGCUGCCGCCCAGGCCGCUGCUGUUGCAGGACACAUUCCUGGGCCUCACUCAGUUGGAGGUAUUGCGCCAGCUAUCAGUCUUUCAGCAGCUACAGGCAUAGGAGUAGAUGAUUUAAGAAGACUAUGCAUAUUGAGACUAAGUUUUGUAAAAGGUUGGGGUCCAGACUACCCUAGGCAGUCCAUUAAAGAUACUCCAUGUUGGAUAGAAGUGCAUUUGCACAGAGCUUUGCAGCUCUUGGAUGAAGUAUUACAUACUAUGCCUAUAGAUGGCCCUAGGGGUAUUGAGUAACAAAGUCUUGAGUGAUAUUUUCGAAGUUUUUUAUUUGUAUAUUUUGAAAUUAAUUUAUUGUACGUGCACAGAGACAAUUUAGACUGCGUCAGUUUUGGUCUAUAAUAAUUGUUAAGAAAAUUAAUAACUAUGUAAGAGAUGAUAACAGUGAGAUAAAGUGUGUAAAAGGUUACUAUAAUUUUAGGUUAUUUUUUGUUUAAAAUGGGCACUUUUUUGGGACCAUUAUCAGAUAAUAAAACUCCAUAUACUCCUUCGAUAUACCUCAUGUACUUUUUCUGUGGUAGUCCAAGUAAAACCAGUUAUAUUCUCAGAAAAUUAUAUAGAAUUACUAAAAGUUGAGUCCUAUUAUAGUAAACAAUGCCAUACAAAUUAAUGCUCAAUACUACAAAAAAUGUGCCUCAAACUGAUGUUACAUGUACAAAGUUAUUAUAUAAUCAACGAAUUUUAUUUUUGAAUUGUUUGUUAAUAAGUUUUAAAACUUUGAAGUGUUACAUUGUACGGGGUGUCUCAGAAGUCCGAAAAAGCGAAAUAAGAUUUUUUUUUAAAUAUUUUAAUCAAAUUUCGUUCCUAUGUUCCUAAUAUCACAUUAUUAUGGAAAAAAUUCCACUGUACUUUAUUUAGAUUCAUAUUUUGCUGGGAGUUUUCCCUAGUUAGUCAACGACUUCUGGGAAACCUGUAAAUGUAAAAAGGGCGAUGACUGUUAUAAAAUGGAAAAUUUAAAAGCUGCCAAAGAACGAAUGGUACUAGAAAUCUAGUAGCCUUUAUUUUUGAUGCUAACACAAUUUUUAUUUUGAGUGGUGGACAAACCACUGCUUUUGAAAAACAUGAUUCUUGAUUCACUAUGAUUUUUUAUCCUACUUUUGAGAGAGUUUUUAAAAGUUAUAUGAAAAUAAUCGGUAAUUCUCCUAAACCAGGCCUAGUAAACCAUUUCCUAUUUUUUUGUCAGGAUUAUAAAUAUGAAUUUAUAAAAUGCAAGUUGUUCAAUAUCAUUAACUCACAUAUUUGAAAAGAAGAUAAUUUGAUAUUUUUUAUGAAGGGUGUAUUAAAUAAAAGGGUAGAUACCUAUAACAAAUGGUGCUUCAGUCACCUAAAAAAUAUUUGUUUGUUUUGGUUUGGCCGUAGAAUAAAAUGAUUAAAAAAUAUGCUACCUGCUCUGUAAUGUUAGCUACACUCGGUACAAAUUUAGAACAAAUGUUAAUUUGGGGUUUCAUUUGCCUUGCUAAAAGUCAAGUAUUCCUUGUCUUAAAUUACGCGAAAGGGUCUUUAUAAUAGCGUUUUAAAAUAUUACCAGCAUAAUGCUAUUCUUUAGUUACAUACAAUUACCUGGACAAUUACAGCAAAAAAUAAUCUAACUAAUUGCAAAAGCCAGCUUUUAUUUGUUUGCUGGAAACAAAGUAAAGGUAGAUAAUCAACAAGGAAUCUUGUGCCAUUUUAGUCAUAACAGAAUAUCUAAGCCAAAUUAAAUUUGCACAUGAUUUGAUAGUGUUUAACUUUUAGGCUGUGAUGAAAAUUAAUGUUAGGAUUAUUAAUUUGGUUUAUUAAAAUGGAAGACUAGAUAUAUAUUUAAAAAAUUAUAUUUUCGUUUUUUAAGUACAAAAAAAAAGCUGAAACUCAACUAAAAAAAAACACAGAAAAAUGUGAUGUAUUUUUUUGCAGUUGCAGCUGAAAAAUAUAAAGAAACAUAGUAUAUUUUGAAGCAAUAAUAUGAAGUAAAGUAAGGCACGCAACAUUUUAUUUUUUAAGUGACUUGGCUUAUAUAGAUUUUUUAAGAGUGUAAAUAUGUUAAAAAUUAAAUUAUAAGAGUUUACCAAUAUCUUAUAUAAUUUACAUAAGUGUAGAUUUAGAAAUUUGUUAGUUACUAAGUGUAAUGUUUGCCAUGUAAUUUGUUGCUUGAUCUCUUGAACAUAAGCUUUUUUGUUUUGUUUGUUCUUUGUUGUUUUAUAUUAUUAUACGGUAUAAUCUUAUGGUCAAUUUUUUUUUCAGAUUGAGAUUCUUGCAAGUAACUUAAUAUUAUUUUUCAAAAUUAAAUUGUUAGCACAUAUUUUUUUUUUUAAUUUCAGUUCCGUAUGAAAUGUAAAUUCAUUCUAAAAACCCAAAUGCAAAUAUUUUAUGAA